UCUAACCAAAAUCUAAAAGAAACACACACUGAUAAAUCUCCGUUACUCUCUGUCUUAGGCAAAACUGAUAAAAAAAAAUAUAGUACUAAUCAACUCCACAAAUUGGUAAUAAUGUCACCGAAUAACCUUGCUAGCGAUGUUGAUGGACUUCACCGUGAAAAUGAAACCGACGUCCAGAUCAUCACUUCCAGUGGCCUCCGCAUUUCGGCUCAUUCUAACGUUCUGGCUACUGCUUCGACGGUUCUGGAAAGCAUACUAGUUCAGCCUCAAAAGCGACUGAGCUCUGAGAAAACGAUACGUAUUCUCGGUGUGCCCUGCGACGCCGUUUCCUUGUUCGUCCGAUUUCUUUAUUCCUUCAAGUGCACUGAGGAGCAGAUGAAGAAACAUGGGAUUCAUCUGCUAGCACUUUCUCAUGUGUACUUGGUACCAGUACUGAAGCAUAGAUGCACCAAAGCAUUGGCCGAGCAAUUGACAACUGAAAAUAUAGUAGACAUGCUUCAACUCGCGAGGCUAUGUGAUGCGCCUGAUCUCUACCUCAAGUGCAUGAAAUUUUUGCGUAGCAAUUUCAGGAGAGUUGACAAGACUGAGGGGUGGAAAUUCCUCCAACGUCAUGAUCCCAUGCUUGAGCUUGAAAUUUUACAGUUCAUGGAUGAGGCUGAAUCGCGGAAGAAGAGGAGGAGGAGACACGGGUGGGAGCAGAACUUAUAUUUACAGCUAAGCGAAGGGAUGGAUUGUUUGGAGCACAUAUGCACCGAAGGAUGUAUGAGCGUCGGGCCGUGUGACGAGGAAUCUUGCCAGGAGAAGCUGCCAUGUAGCAAAUUUGACACAUGCCGAGGCCUCCAGCUUCUGAUCCAGCAUUUCUCUACUUGUAAGAGAAGGACAAAGGGAAGUUGUUCCAAAUGCAAGCGGAUGUGGCAGCUCCUAAGGUUACACGCAUCUAUUUGUGACCAACCUGACGAUUGCCGAGUUCCUCUUUGCAGAGAAUUCAAACUGAGAGUGCAACAAGGGGGAGAUGAUGAGCUGUGGAAAUCACUUGUUAGAAAGGUGGUUUCUGCCAGAGCUAUAUCGUCCUUGUGUCUGCCUAAAAGAAAGAGAGAAGAAGAAGAACCAAGAUUGAACUUAAGGCAUCAUCAAGUGAGACGCUUUAGUUUGAAAACUCAGUGUCAAUAGUAAGAAAAUUAUCUUGAAAACUCGGUGUCAACAAUUAGAAAAUUAUUCAUCUUUUAGACCAGAUGAGGUAUCGAUUAGGCAGAAUCAAUCUUUCAUAAGUCCUACUGUAAAUGUUUCUCUUUGUUUAUAUUAUAAGUGGGUUAACCAA